AAAGCAAAGAUAUGUGACAUUAUCUCCCAGUUGAUUAUAUGAUUUACACCUGGGACUGACAUAGACGUGGUUUCCGCUAAGAUGAUUUUGAGAGUGUUUUUAUUAAUAUUUGUGAUCCGUUCGGUUCAGUUGGCUCCUGCCAAGCACAUAUACGAGGGUGCUGGACAAUUCAGGCGAAUACAAUUGAGGAAUGGUCGUCAAGCUGUUUCCCUUAAUGGAUUUGGACAUGGUACACUUGGUGCAGCUGGAGGACAAUUAGGAUACCAACAGCAAGCCUUGGCGGGUCAACAAGCCUUAGCAGGGCAACAAGUGCUAGCAGGCCAACAAGCCUACUCCCAACAGUAUCCUGGUGCUGGAGGAUCGUUUGCUGGUUUUGCCGCCAAUGGAUUUGGGCAAGCACAAGGCAUCCAAUCUGGUCUUUUGCAAGGACAAAAUUUAGGAUUUGGACAAUCUCUUGGUUUGGCUAAUGGCUACGGCGCCCAAGCUCCGAAUAUCGGGUUCGGACCAAGUGCUGUUCAAGAUCAAGGCCUAGCUCAGCUCCAAGCUUUGCAACUUGCACAAGCUCAAAGUGCUGCCGCUCAAGGUGCUGCCUUACCCCAAGGAUUUGAUCAAAGCCAGGCCUUAGGACAGGGGCAAGCUGCAGCUGGUCUCAAUCAAGGAUUUGAUCAAAACCAAGCUUUGGCUCAAGGAUUAGGACAAGCCGCCCCAGCCUUUAAUCAAGGAUUUCCCCAAGACGGUCAAGGUGUUAACCAAGGAUUCGCCCAAGAUAACCAAGGGCUUAUUCAAGGUUUUGCCCAAGGCACCCAAGGUCUAAAUCAAGGAUUUGCACAGGACAACCAAGGCGUCCAAGGUCUAAAUCAAGGAUUUGCACAGGACAACCAAGGCCUUGCUCAAGGAUUCGACCAAAACGGACAAGGACUUAACCAAGGUCUAGGUUUAGCUCAAGGUUUCAACCAACAACCCUUGGAUGCUGGCGUCGCUCUACAAAACAGUCCUCCUCCUGCUCCGCAACCAUCUUUCGCUGAUUCAGGUGCUGCUCAACAACAACAAUUUCCACCAUUAGGAGCAGGCGCUGCCAACCCACCUAACCAAGAUCUUAUCAACUCAUUCGGCGGUCCUAACGAUAGCCAAGAAAAACCUGUGGAAAUCGGCGGAAAAGUCAUCAAAAACCAACAACAACAAUUCACCUCACCUGAUUUGUCUGCCGCGAACAAUGAGGAUUCUGAAGCUCCAAUCAUUACUAAAGAUUUCUUCUUGCAUGCCGCACCCGAUGAUCUUGAAGAUGAUGAGCUUGAGCUCAAGAAGCUCAAGUUGGGACCAUCAAGAAAGCAUUUCAACGUUGUUUUCAUUAAGGCUCCUGCACUAUCAUCCAAAUCGGCUGCAAUCAAAUUGUUACAGGCCAAGAACGAAGAGAAGACUGUUAUCUAUGUGUUGAGCAAACAACUUGACCCAUCUGAAAUUCGCUCACAGAUCAAAUCACUUCCUAGUCACGUUAGCAAACCUGAAGUAUUCUUUAUUAAGUAUAGAACACCUGAGGAAGCUCAAUUUGCUCAGCAAAAAAUUCAAGCCCAAUUUGAUUCCCUUGGAGGAACAACACGUGUAUCAGAUGAAGGUCUUUCGCCAAUUACAUCUGUUGUCGGAGCUUUGAAUGGUGACGGCCCAGAUCAGCAACAAAUCCCAGACGGAGGACAACAACAGUUUGCCGGUGACCAAAAUCAACAAUUCAAUAAUGGACAACAACAACAGCAACAACCACUUGAUAAUGGAAAUGGUCAACAGCAACAAUUCCAAAAUGGUCAAGAUCAGUUCCAACAAGGACUGAACGGCAAUCAACAGAUUAAUGCCGGAGAGGGAAUAAUUGAACCUCGCAUAGGCGGAGGUGAUAAGCCUGUUUUAGAUGGAGAAGCCAUUGGUAAAGUACAAAACUUCGGAGCUGCCGGACAGGUGGAUUCAUCACUUUUGAAUAGGAGGCUAGCACCACCUUUGAAUAAGCCACGCCAUUAAGUUAUUUGGAGACUUGUGUUUCUCAGAGUAUUAGAUUUUAAUUUUAGUAAGAAUUUUUUAAUGCAUUAGACUCUAUUUAUAUGAAAAAAUAACAAUCGCC